AUGGCGCAGAAUGGGAUGAACAUGAUGAAACCUGUUAAAAGGAAAAAGGAAUCAAUGGAAAAACACCAUGGUCAUUUAAUAAAUCAAACGUCCAACAGUUUGAGUUUGUUGAGCCCUCAGGAUUUGGGUGGCGGGGGAACGAUGAGUGAUGGUGGACAUAGUUCCGAUAAUACGGAUUGUGAAAAGAAAAAGAAAAAAGCUCGGACGACAUUUACCGGACGUCAAAUAUUCGAAUUAGAAAAACAAUUUGAAAAUAAAAAAUAUUUAUCGUCGUCGGAAAGAACGGAAAUGGCUAAAUUACUUCAAGUAACGGAAACUCAGGUGAGUUUGUUUUUCCAUAUUUUUCUUUCGAAAUGA